CUGUGGGGACAUUUCCUCAACCAAAAAAAAAGAAAAAAAAAAGUCGUGGGAACAUUUACGUGACCACAACCGAACUUGUGCUGCUGCUUGCUCCACGUUGCUCCUCGUAGUCUUUUUUUUUUUUUUUUUUUUUUUUUGCCAGUUGCUCCUCGUAGUCAGGCGAUCGAUGAUUCCAAGGAGUUAUCCCCCAAUGGAAAGUUGCUGCCACUGCACGGGCUUCUUGGGAUCAAUAAGGAACCCCCAGUUUAAUACCCCCCCCCAAGAUAGUAAAUGCGCCCCGCCCCCCGGGCAACGAAUUAGUACUAUGCAACAAGGCCACCGAGAAAAAGCCCGGCGACAACUAUCGGUAGCCCCCCUUCUACUGCUUCUGGCUGUGGUUCACCUUUACCUCCACCUCCCAACCCCGGUGUUGGGUAUCCAAGGUGGGGGGUUUAAUAGAGCACACCUGGGAAAGGACAGUGACAGUGGGAGAUUCCCUCCGAAUGACGCCCCACUCUACUGCUCCUGUGGAAGAUACGGACUGCAAGCCUGUGGGAGGGCCUUGUGUCUAUCACGAAACUCCUCCUCCUCUGGUUCCUUCCCCUAUCCCUCUUAUUUCUCCAACCAUGGCCUUGCAAAUGCUGCAAAGAUUGGCAAGAACGGACGGCGGCAUGAAGAGCUGAAUCCGGGUGGCAAUGGAGGUGGUUACCGCCUCCGCAAGGUAGAGAAGAAUGUUCUCCCAUUCUAUUCCUCCCCGUCUCCCUCUCGCUCUCCCUCUCUCUCUCUCUUUCCCUCUCUUUCUCCCUCUCUAGUUCCCAUUGCUCUGGCUAACAAGUUACCCCUUGAAAACGUGACUGAUAGUGUCAGUGACGAUCAGGGCACAUCCGAGAACAACCAGAAAGAGGAGGAGGAGAAAGAGGAGGAGGAGGAGGAGGAGAAGGAGAAGGAGAAGGAGAAGGAGAAGGAGAAGGAGAAGGAGAAGGAGACGAAAAAGGAGGAAGAGGAGGAGGAGGAGGAGAAGGAGGGGGUGGCACUGGGUGUCGUCAACGAUAAGGCGGUGGACAAACUCGUCGGGGAAGCGGGUGAGGAGGAGGUCGCAGCGUUCUUGGCUUCUUUUGGUGAUGUCAACGGUGUCGUUAAUCCGGGUCCCGACUACGAGACAUCAACGGAUGACCCAGACCUGGUGCCCGACGCCGCCAUCACCACCACCAAUCCCACCUCUUCUGUCCCUCAGAGAGGACCUGGAGUUGGGCAGGGAGAAGGAGGCGAUGAGGAGGAGAGGACCAGCAGCAGCAGCAGCAGCAGCUUGAGGACGUCCACCACCACACACUCCCGUGUGCGGGAAUGGUACCCGCCUCGUGUGCCGCCGGUGUGCGACAAGUCGAGGCUGCGGGGUUUGUCGUUUUGUGCGGACGGCUUCGGCCAGCAUGCUGUGGGGGGCCUGUUCGGGCAGGUCUUCCACGUGACUACUUUGGCGGACAACGGCACGGGGAGUCUCCGCGAGGGCGCGGGGUCCCGACACCCCCUCUGGAUCGUCUUCGACUUGUCGGGCACCAUCAAUCUCCGCCGUCCGAUCAUCGUUACCUCGGACAAGACCAUCGACGGCAGGGGGCAGCGAAUCGUGAUCUCCCAAGACGGGUUCUUUCUGCGAGGGGUGCACAAUGUCAUCAUUUACAACCUUAUUUUCCGCCAAGGAUGGGGGGAUGCCAUCACUCUGAAGCGCGCCACAAGGACGGUGUGGAUUAGCCACGUCAGCCUGUCAAGAUACGGUGAUGGGUUGAUUGACAUAACGAGGGGAUCGACCAAUGUGACGAUCUCGCACUGCCUGCUCUAUCAGCACAACAAGGUGCACCUCUUCGGUUCUCAGGCGGACGCUAACGAAUCUUUUGCGGGAGAAGGGUCGGAUGCAUUGAGGAUAACAGCGCAUCACAACUUCUACAAUGGGACCAUCCAGAGGAACCCACGUGUCUUCGCCGGAAUGGCCCACGUUUUCAACAAUUACCACAAGCAUUGGCAGUACUACGCCAUCGGAGUGACCUAUCACGGCAAAGUGGUAUCGCAGGCGAACAUAUUCGAGGCGGGAAAGAAGUCCAAGGCAGCUCAUCACAUCUUCCAUUUGGCACGUCACUGGCCCAACCAAUAUGGGGCCUUGAGGUCGGUUAAUGACCGCCCGAUCAACGACGCAAGGGUCAGGCCGUUCAGACCGAAUAGGGUGUUUGAUUGGGAGAAGUACUACAACGUUACCGUCGACGAGCCCACGGACGAGCUCAUCGCUCGAAUCUCAGAAACUGCGGGCUGGCAAGAUGUCCCUCUGCCACCGGACUUUUGAGCUUGCCUGAGUGUGUGUGUGUGUGUGUGUGUGUGUGUGUGUGUGUGUGUGUGUGUGUGUGUGUGUGUGUGUGUGUGUGUGUAUCAUAAUAAUCGGUUUUCAUCUCUAGAUUGCAAUAAGCAGUGGAGAUCAGCUGCUGAAGAGUUGGUGGCUGACGCCCUACAGAGUUUUAUGAAGUUUUUAGUUUUAUCAUUGCUUUUUGAUAUUAUUAUUAUUAUUAUUAUUGUUGUUGUUGUUGUUGUUGUUGUUGUUAAUGUUAUUAAUUAUUAUUAUUCAAUUUCAAUCGUCAAUUCGCCGGUUGCUACCCUUGUGUUGAUGGUCAUCCCUGAGGUUGAGGCCUGCUUGCCCUCACGCCUAUGAUCUAUUAUUCACAUGGGGAGCAAGACGUUCAACAGGUCUGGUUGUUUCGUGUUUUUUUUUUUGUUGUCGUUGUUGGCUGAGUGGCUCCAAUUUGAUUUGUUGUUGCCUUUUUUUUUUAUUACUAUUAUUGUUGUUAUUUUUUUUCCCAUGUAGUUACAGCAGCAAGCAAGGAAUGGUAUUUUAUUGUAUAGCCGUUGGGGUCCUUAAUUUUAAUGAACAGGAUGCACUUUA